GCGUGUGGGCUGGUUUACCGUUUCAAACUGCACGCGGGCGGGAGUUUUGUGUUCGCUCCCCUCGGCAUGUGAGUCUCUCCCUUCAGGCAGUGUCGGGAAUGUGAGAGACAGCUCGGGGAAAGCAGGCUGAGGUCUCGGUCCCGGAACUGACAGUUUGCACGUGAGGAAUCCCCUUUUCCCCUUUAUUAUGGGGAACAACGAGUCAUCGGCGCUGUUUCCCCGGCAACUGAUCUCCUCAAAUGAAGUGUGCAGAGCUGAAUGGCAGGCCUCCACCCGCCAAGUAGAUGCAAACCUACAGCACCGCCCUGUGGCUAGCCGCCAGUAUUACAUUCUUCCUCAUGGCACAGUGGAGAGGCGAUCAUCUGCGUUGGCUGUUAAUCUGGAGUCUCCACGUUUCCACCCACACGCCAAGGGCAAAAACAUCCGUCUGGAUACACAGCUUCGACGUGCCACGCGCAAAAACAGCUUCUGCCACGGCCUGACAUUCAGCCAGCGGCCCAUCCGUCUCUACGAGCAGGUACGCUUACGCCUGUCAGGGGUGCACUCAGGCUGGAGCGGCGCACUACGCUUUGGUUUCACCAAUCUAGACCCAGGCGAGCUUGCCUCAUCAGACAUCCCCAAAUACGCCUGCCCGGACCUGGUGGCACGGCCUGGCUACUGGGCCAAGGCCCUGCCCGAGAGGCUGGCAGCGAGGGACAAUAUGCUGGCUUUCUGGGUCGACCGGCACGGCCGUGUCUUCUACACAGUGAACGAUGGUGAGCCUGUACUGUUUCACUGCGGCCUCAGCGCUUCCCGUCCACUCUGGGCCAUCAUAGACAUCUAUGGCAUCACACAGGAAGUCAUACUGCUUGAAAGCACAUUUGCUGACAGUACAAGCUGCCUGAGCGUGACGCGUCUCAGUGCCUACCUGCCUCCAAGCAACCACGACUCAGCCAACUAUAGCAACAACCAGUUAGAAAGCAACCAGGCUGCUAAGAUGGCUGCCUUGCACCUCAGCAGCUCAACACAACUGAGCCCCUGCUGCUCCUCCUCUUCCUCCUCAUCCCCUUUCGGUCUCCAAAGGUUAUCCCGUGGCCUUCCCUCUUCCCUUGACGCCGACCUGCGCUUUCACCCGGUGCGUGGGGCUGACGUGGUCCUGUCCAGUGACCGUGCCAUGGCCUGCGUCCACUCCCCAGAUGGCAUUCAGACUUUGGUGUUCAGUGACAGGCCCAUGAGGCUAGGUGAGACUCUGUUCAUGGAGGUGAGUCACAUGGGCCCACCGUGCCUUGGCAUGCUCCUUUUUGGCGUGACUUCGUGUGAUCCAGGCACAUUACACGCUACAGAGUUGCCUGCGGAGCCUGAUGCUCUCCUCGAUCGUAAAGAGUACUGGGUGGUGCACCGUGGGCUCCCUGCGCCUGCACCAGGCGACGUGCUCAGCUUCAUGCUUCUGCCUGACGGAGAAGUGCAUCAUGGGAUAAACGGGGUAGCACGUGGACGCUUGCUGUGUGUCGACUCCUCUCAGGCUCUGUGGACCUUCUUCGCUCUACGUGGUGCCAUCAACCGACUCAGGAUAUUAGGAACGCUGCAGGCAAGUCCAUCCACCUCCCCCUCUGUAUCCCAUGGCACAGCAUCUGAUGACAGUGACUCUGACCUGACUUUCGGUGUCAAUAGAUCCUCAUCUGCCUCCGAGUCCUCACUGGUGACAGCCCCCAGCUCUCCUCUCAGUCCCCCCAUCUCGCCCAGCCUCUCCUUUCCAGAGACGCCACUGAACAGUAAGGGCAGCGAAUGCACCGUGUGCUUCGAUCAGGAGGUGGACACCGUCAUUUACACAUGUGGACACAUGUGUCUCUGUCAUGAGUGUGGACUCAAGCUAAAGAAACAGAUCAACGCUUGCUGUCCGAUCUGCCGGAGACCCAUCAAGGACGUGAUCAAAACUUACAGGCCAUGAGACAACACAGCAGCAGAGAACCAGCUUUCUGUUCUGAAGGAGUUUGCAUUUCAGGACUGUUUUGUAGCUUUGACUCCUGUAGCAUAACCUCACUAUCCCCAACCCCAAACUCCCCACCCACCCCAACUUUCCUUACCCCUUCCUCUUGCAGUGGAACGAAGUUUGUCUGAGCGAGCAUCAGACAUUUUAGUGCCUUUGACACGUGUCUCAAAAGCAUCACCUACCAACCUGACAAUCAUAUUUGAUAGAGAUAUACAGAAUAUAUAUGACUUAUCAAAAGGACACUGAGAGGCUUGUUUAAGCAAUGAAACUAACAAAUGUAAACAAUUAAUAACUAUUUUGGUUUGAUAUUUUAAAAGUAAAUAUGUAUUUCCAGUUGUGUGAAAUGGAGAAUAAAAGAAAUCCAUUCAUAUGUAUUGUGAAAGAUGAGAGGACAUUUAUUGCACUUAACUGAGUAAACUAUAUCUGCAGAUAGCCAGGAUCUGAAGGCAUUUCUGUAUAAACAAGUACUGCAUUUUAGGGAAAUGCAACAAAAAUAUUUUUUAUAAAAGUUUAUUUCAGUAUUUUAGCUGUAUGGGGGUGUCGUGGCUCAGGUGGCUAAGGCACCAUACCAUAAAUCUGGGGAACCGGGUUCGAUUCCAACCUGAGGUCGUUUCCCGAUCCCUCGCUGUCUCAUUUCCUGUCUCUACACUGUCCUAUCCAAUAAAGGUGAAAAAAAGCCCCCAAAAAA